UUUACGUACAACAUUUGACAUAAGAUGACAGCACUGAAACCAGAACUUACGAAAGAUGAACUGAAGAACUUUUCACUAAAAAGGAAAUGAUUAUUACUGUGAUCCGAAAACAUUUACAGCCAUGUGUACAUCAACCUGCAAUCAAAACCAGAUACUCGUUCUAUAACACUGUAUUUCCAGAGGUUGGGAAAGUAAACCAAACACAAUUGGAAUGCAGGUUCAAAUGUGUUCCAACCAUACGGGGACAUUUUGUUUUGCAAGAUUUUAAUGUUUCAGAGCUGAAAAGACUCCCCUUCUUCAUUUUACUCAAAAUUCAACAUUCGCCAGUCAUUAUUUUGCCUACAUAUAUCAAAAACAUAGACAUCAGGAUGAAUGAUUCUGACAGUUUUCAGUCAAGUCCUCAUAGAAAGCGAAGAAAAGAAGAUAAUCCUCACAAAUGUCCAGAACAUGCAUCACCAUCUGGAGGUCAACUAGAUCAAUUUGAGAGACCAUCAAAAAAGAUGAAAGAGACUGUUCCUUCAGCAUCUGAGACAGACACUUCCACAUCUUUGGACAAUGUUUUAUCCUGUGUUCAAAACAAAGCUGAAAAUUACACACAGCAAAACAUAGACCAUCAUGGAGACACGUAUUAUGUGGAGAAUGAAGUUUCAGGAAUUAAAACCUCACGUCAGCACACUGAUGAAAGCAGUAUUAACAUUGAAAACAAUCACGACUCUUCGGUCAGCAAUGAGCAAGAUCCUCCGGCUCCUCUGAACACCAAUGAUUCUAACCCAGAGAACGAAGCGAAACCCUCACAAACUGAGAGAGAAGAUAAAGAUAUAGAAAUAGAUAAGGAGUCAAAUGACUAUCCGUCUACACCUGAUGUUUCUUCUAGCACAGCAGAAUCCAAAAACCAGUCUGGAACAUCUGAUAAUAACUCUCUUAAAGAGAGACCAGCGAGUGAAACAUCUGACACAAAACCAGUAAAAGACAAUCAGCCAGAAGAGGAAAAGCAUCCGUCUCCAGCUCAAAGAAGAGUGCCCAUUCGUUCUAAAGGCUACUGUGGAUUGGUGAAUCAGGGAGCCACAUGUUAUUUGAAUGCGGUGUUGCAAACACUCUUCAUGACAGAGCAGUUCAGGACAGCUGUCAAGGAGUUAAAAAAGGAGGAAAAACGUGUUUCUUUUGAACUUCACAAGUUAUUCAGCAAUUUAGAGUCCAAGACUGGCAGUGUGAAAACGAAUGGAGUCACAAAUGCUCUAGACAUUAGUAAUGUUUGUGAGCAGCAGGAUGCAGCAGAAUAUUAUCAGAAGAUUCUGAGUGAAAUUGACGAAAAAACAGCCAAGGUAUUCCAGGGAAAGAAGAAACACUCAACCACCUGUAUACAUGGAAACCAUGAACCCAUUGAGGAAAUCAUUUCAUUUUUUUCUUUGGCCAUUGUUAUGGACUCUGGUCAAUCUAAAAUUAAUGUACAAAAGAGUCUGAAUGCACAGUUUGAAGUAAUGCCCAUGGAUGGAGAGGAUCAGCUGUUCUGUGAAACAUGCAACACUAUGGCUGACAUGGAAAUGAAAUGUACCAUUUCUGAGCUGCCAGAAGUUCUGACUCUACAUCUGCAGAGAUUUUACUUGGAUUACAACUACAUGAUUUACAUGAAGAACAACUGUCCUGUUAAAAUUCCUCUCCAGUUAUCAUUGCAGGAGAAGAAGGAUGUCCAUCAUAGGUAUGACCUCUAUGCUUUAGUCAAUCACACUGGUUCCCUCAGUGGUGGACACUACUUUGCUGACAUCAAGUCAUUCGAUGACCAUCGGUGGUAUCAAUUUAAUGACUCCAGUGUGUACAGGAUUCGGAAUGUCAAGGACAGACACAUCAUCUCUGACAUGGCAUGCUUGCUUUUCUUCAGAAAAUCAGAUGCUCAGCAAGAAAAGACAGUCACAAGAUCAGACAAAUCUAAAGGUCUACAGAGAAACAGGACCAGCAACCCUGCAGCCUCACGUCAGCACACUGAUCACAUCAGUGUUAACAUUGAAAACAAUCACGACUCUUCGGUCAGCAAUGAGCAAGAUCCUCCGGCUCCUCUGAACACCAAUGAUUCUAACCCAGAGAACGAAGCGAAACCCUCACAAACUGAGAGAGAAGAUAAAGAUAUAGAAAUAGAUAAAGAGUCAAAUGACUAUCCGUCUACACCUGAUGUUUCUUCUAGCACAGCAGAAUCCAAAAACCAGUCUGGAACAUCUGAUAAUAACUCUCUUAAAGAGAGACCAGCGAGUGAAACAUCUGACACAAAACCAGUAAAAGACAAUCAGCCAGAAGAGGAAAAGCAUCCGUCUCCAGCUCAAAGAAGAGAAAAAGAAAAACCUGAAAGAGAAAAACCUGAAGAAUCUGACAAUCUGUUACAACAGCGCACCGAUUCCAGCACUGAGACAGAAGCAAAGCCCUCACGAACCGUGAUACCAGAUAAAGAACUGAAAUCAAUUGAUACUGAUAAUGACUAUCAGUCCGCACCAAACAGUACUUUUAGGACAGGUCGUGUGACCUUCACAUCAGAUUCAGAUAAGGAUGAGGCAAGAGCACAAAUGACCAGCUUUUUGGAAGAAAGAACUGUCAGCAGAAUACAAUUUCCACUCUGGCAGGGUUUGUUAUCUGGCUUCAUUUUGUGUCUUAUUUUUAUUACUAUUAUUUGUAUUAUUAUUUUUACCUUGUUUUCAAAGUAAUAGACUGACACAUGUGGAUAUUUAUAUGAAUAAAAUGAAAAUAUGCCAUUGAAAAUACAAUUAAAUUACAGUUAUUUUAUUGAGAAAAAAAUAAAUUAAAGUAAAAAAAAAUUAAGCAAACUUCCAAUUGUGACAAUACUUGCUGGUCCUGUUCUGUGUAUGUAAUUUGGUUUAAAAGAUUUAAACUCGUGUAACCAGAAAAUUUAUUUCCGUGAAGUUUGACCGUGUAUUUAACAUGUACCUUGUUUUUAUUUUUGUUUGUUUCUUAAUAUAUACAGAGCAUCAUAUCGAAGGAUACUAUUAAAAUGAUUUCAAGAGAUAUAAAUUACUCUGUUUUCUAUUAAAACAGAACAGAAUUGAAUACAUUGCUUUGUGUUGUUGAUCAUAUUUAAGAUAAUUAAAAUAACAUAUUAGGUACCCUAUUGUUAAAUAAUCUGGGGAAAUAAAAUGAAAAAUUUUUAAGUUAAAAAGAUUCUUACUAUUUCAGGUUCUACAGAAAAAUGUUUUUAAUCAAAGCCAAUCUUUUCAUAUUUCAUUCAAAAUACGGUCUACUUGGCAUUUAAAAAGGUAUUGUGAAUAACCCUAGAAUAAUAAAGUGUCAGCUGAUCAUGUGCAUAUGAAUCUAUGUCAUAUCUAUGUCAGUACAUGACAACAAUAUAAUAAAAGUUUUGGGAUACAAUCCCAUAUUAAGGGGUUUGAGUUUAUUACAUUCAAUGUAAAGUC